GCGUGAUGGAGGCUCUCGAGUGCGCUGAAGAGCAAGCGCAGGUCGUGCCCAGGCGCCUCGGGAACAGGGUGCAGUUCGACAAGGCCUCAGCCGUCCUGAGUUGUGUGGAUGUAGCUGGUGCGCAUGGCUAUGUCAAGCAGGAGCUCCGCGACGACUUUGGCGAGAUUGCGAAGGCCGAGCCCUCCGUGGAGGAGCAGCAGCAGCUGGGACUUCAAGCCUCGUGGCCGAAGGGCGAUAACCUCGCCGAGCAGGCGGCGGCGGCGAGGCUGGGGCUUGCUUCGUACAGCCAUGGCUUCUACAGCAAGAUCGCGAGCAUGAUGGCGCAUGCGUCAGUCGUACCGCCCGCCGCGCCCCAGACGCCCGAGGAGGACAUGGCCAUGCCAGUGAGCGCCGAGGGCACGGGCGAUGAGGCCGACGGCGACGGCGAUCAGGACCGCGACCCUGGAGCCGAACAGCCAGGAGAAGAAGAGCCAAAGCAAGAGCCAGCAGACGACGGCGACAACGCAUUGGCGCUCCAGAAGACCAAAGGUAUCAACGACCUCUCCGUCGCGGAUCAGGGGGCCAUCGACGAGUAUGUGGAGAAGUUGGCCGAUGAGACUUGGCACGAUAAGUUCGCGCUUGGCACCAUGCACGCCUUGCACAGGCGUCUCGCCAGACACAGUCCGAAUGUUGUGGGCAAAGCUAAUUUCGACGUUCAAUUGGCUUUUCACCAGUUGGACAGUAGUGAGAAAGGCCUGAUUGCCUUCUACAAGGCGGUCAAGAAUUGGCUGGAAAGUCAUGAGGAUGUCUUGUUGUGCGAGACGCUGGAGCCAUGUGCGAGAUUACUCCCUUACCUGAUGAAGCAACAGGUCUGCAUUUCAGAGGAGAUCCGCAUCGCCUUGAUGUACGCCGUCUUCCAUGGGCUUACGAAUGACUUGCAGUCGAUCCCUCGCGCCAUCGAGACCUUCGACGAAACCAUCUUCGAACUCCAUUUGAAGAUCAGGGGCGCUGUUCCCCGCGUUGUGGAGGAGGCCACUGUCUCGGUCAAAACGGAGAAGAAGGGCCCUGUCGAAGCAGAGAGCGAUCGCGCUACGCCACCGUUCAAAAGAGCCAAGACCAGGAGGACUAGGCGAGCAACAGACGACAUCCAUGUGCGAGCACCUGUCGGCCAGACGCCAGUCUUCUACUUUUCGUACAUGCUCUCGGAGGCCGCGAAGCAGUGGGUGUCCUCCGUGCCCGAGAAGGCCGUCGCCAACGCCGUGCAAGCUUACGACCUCAUGGUGGAGUGCGAGUUGAUCGGCAAGCAGUGGGCCUUGAAGGAGAAGCCGGUCGCGACUGGUAUGGAGGACGAUGCGUUCUCAGAGGCGUAUCCUUUGGGCAAGGCUUUCAUGGAGGCCAGCCGCGUGCGCGUUCAGCAGUCCAUCGAGGACGAUACAGCGACAGGCCAAUUCGAUCGCGCAUCGAAGGCCUUCCAGGAGGAUUUCGCGGAGUCCUUCGAAGAUCUUGCCGCAUGGGUUGCCCAGGUGCGAACAGAAUCACACCAGGUUGGCUACGCCAAUAUCAAUGCACUUCUCAACCGCAUGGGCCUCUUCUUCACCAGUGCGCACGGCUCGACCACGGCGUGGUUCGCGGCGGCGUGCCAUACGAACCUGAAGUUCACUGCCGAGAACCUCGACAGCUGCAUGGUAUUGCUGGAGGUCGGGAAGUGCAUGCUCGUUGACAUCUUCUCGGGGCUCAUCAUCGACAUGCCCCUUGGUUUCGGUGACGCACUCGUUUCUUUUUCCAUGGCCACUGUCGGCGGUGACGCGGCGACGGCCCAGGCAUUGGAGAUCAACAAGCUGAAGGCCGACAUCGAGGAGUUCACAAGCACAGCGAAGCUGUUCGAGGAUAGCGUUGACGUCUUCAGGGCGCCCCUCAGCGACUUGCACGCCAGGUGGAUGUGCUGCGCGAACAUGCUCCACAAGCGCGUGAUCGGCACGGUGUUUGAGCACAUUUUCGAGGACUUCUUCAACCCUGGUAGUUUCGAGAACGGGCUCAUUCGUAUGACUAGUGUUCUGAAGAACAUGGCGGAGUUCCCAAAGUUUUGCGCGAAGCUGGUGGAGAUGAGAAAGAUAGCUGCCCCGACAAGGGAGACGCACGAGAAGUUCACGAAUGACAUCGUCCAGUUAGCAGGCAUGGUGAAUUUCAUGAAAGAGGAUGAUUUCGUGUUCGACGCCCCGAGCGCCGUGACUCGCGAGGAGAUCGUCGAGGGCACCACUCGUACCUUCAAGGCGUUCGUCGAGGGUCCAGGCCCCGCGGUUUGA